GGAUCAGAAACAGAGAAGUGUUGGGUACAAGUGUAUGUAUUAGAGAUGGUGCUGACAAGCAUGAAGAUAUUUUUUGGUUUCCCUAGUAUAGCUUGAAUUCCCUGUUUAUAUAUGUUAGGAGCCCCUGAGAGCAGAAAAAUAUCUAUCACAUAUAAACAGUAUUGUGAGAGGGGAUCAUGAAUGUGGGCUACAAGUAGAUUUUGUUAAACCUGUUGCUGGUGGAGCCAUGAUCAGACACAGACCAUUCCAUGUGGAGCCUACAAACAUCGUUAGUGUGAAUGAUGACACACAAAGAGUUACAGAUGAAGCAUCAGCAAUGAAUAAGCGGAUUCAUUACUAUGGCAGGCUUACUUCUCCAUCAGACAGGGCAAUGAUUGCUCCUGAUCACGUUCUGCCAGCUCCAGAUGAAAUCUAUGUGUACAGCCCAUUAGGAACUGCUUUCAAAAUGGAUGGUUGCACAGAAGGCUAUGGUAAAAACUCCAGCAUAGUAACAAUAUUUAUGAUCUGGAAUACAAUGAUGGGUACAUCUAUACUAAGUAUCCCAUGGGGAAUAAAACAGGCAGGAUUUACCAAUGGAAUUAUUCUGAUAUUACUAAUGGGACUUCUGACACUUUACUGCUGUUACAGAGUUUUGAAAUCACGGACUAUGAUAGAAACUUCAAAAGAUACUUCAAACUGGGAAUUCCCAGAUGUCUGCAAGCACUAUUUUGGAUCCUUUGGUCAAUGGUCCAGUCUCUUAUUUUCAAUGGUAUCACUUGUUGGAGCCAUGGUUGUUUAUUGGGUACUUAUGUCCAACUUCCUGUUCAACACAGGAAAAUUUAUAUACAAUUAUGUUCAUGACAUUAAUGUCACAGAUAUCAUUCCUGGCACUAAUGGAAGUACCAGAGUCAUAUGUCCAGGUAUUCCCAGUGAUCCUCAACCAGACAACAACAGUGAGACAUUAUGUUCUGCCAAUAACUCAGACUUCGAGUCGUUCGAGAUGUGGUGGGGCAAAUCAAAAACCGUGCCAUUUUAUCUGAUUGUUGUUCUUCUGCCUCUGCUGAAUCUGAAGUCGCCUUCUUUCUUUGCCAAGUUUAAUGUCCUAGGUACAGUUUCAGUUGUCUACUUAAUUUUUCUUGUCACUAUGAAAGCUGCAUAUCUGGGAUUCCAUAUAGAAUUCAGCUGGUUCACAUCUAACAAAUUCUUUGUACCAGAAUUUAGAAUUCUGUUUCCUCAGUUUACAGGAGUUCUGACACUAGCCUUCUUCAUCCAUAACUGUGUUAUCACCCUACUUCAGAAUAACAAAAACCAAGAAAACAAUGUGAGAGACCUUUCCGUUGCUUAUUUCCUCGUAGGGUUAACAUAUCUCUAUGUUGGAGUGUUGAUUUUUGCAACAUUUCCUUCUCCACCAUUGUUCAAAGAGUGUAUUGAGCAGAAUUUUUUAGACAAUUUCCCGAGCAAUGACAUCAUGUCAUUUGUUGCAAGAAUGUUCCUGCUGUUCCAGAUGAUGACUGUGUAUCCAUUGCUGGGCUAUCUUGCACGAGUUCAGCUGUUAGGACAAUUCUUUGGAAAUGUUUACCCAAGAGCAAAAGGACUAAAUCACUGAUAAAGAGUUCUCUACAAAUCGUUGAACAUACACACAGCACAUACGCGUAUGCGGAUUGGGCAUACACCCACCCACCCAUGCCUGCAGAUCAAAGCUUUCAGAAAAGAG